GUUUAAGCACAAAUACAGGUCUGACGGCAGUCUUGAACGACACAAAGCACGCUUAGUGGUCAAUGGCAAAUCUCAACAAGUGGGUCUUGACUGUGAUGAAACGUUUAGCCCGGUGGUUAAACCGGCCACUAUUCGUACGGUUCUCAGUUUGGCUCUCUCUCAUUCAUGGCCAAUACGUCAAUUGGACGUUAACAAUGCAUUUCUUCACGGACAUCUUGCUGAAACUGUUUACAUGCACCAACCACCUGGCUUCCGGGAUUCUUCGCGGCCCUCACAUGUGUGCCUCCUUAAAAAGUCCUUAUAUGGUCUUAAACAGGCUCCUCGGGCCUGGUAUCACCGGUUUGCUACUUAUGCUUCUACUCUUGGGUUUAUUCACAGCAAGGUUGACCACUCUUUAUUUAUCUUUCAUCAUGGCACUGAGGUGGCUUACCUUCUCCUUUAUGUUGACGAUAUUGUGCUUACUGCCUCCUCCCCGGGCUUAGUUGAUAAACUAGUAUCUCAAUUAGCUACUGAAUUUCCCAUUAAGGACCUCGGACCCCUCAGUUUUUUUCUUGGCAUUUCGGUUACUCCUCAUGCAGGUGGCUUAUUUUUGUCACAACAAAAAUACGCUUCUGAGAUCCUGGCUCGAGCUGGCAUGCUAACGUGUAAUUCGUCUGCCACGCCGGUAGACACCAAGGCGAAGCUCAGCUCUCUUACGGGUCCUCCUGUCACCGACCCGUCUCUUUACCGUAGUUUGGCCGGUGCGCUUCAAUAUCUCACGUUCACUCGGCCGGACAUUUCAUAUGCGGUUCAACAAAUUUGUCUAUUUAUGCAUGACCCGAGGGAACCACAUUUUCAUGCACUCAAACGUAUUAUUCGCUAUAUUAAGGGCACUCUCUCUCUCGGCAUUCACAUUUCUCCAUCCCGAGCUACCUCUUUGACUGCCUACUCCGAUGCCGAUUGGGGCGGCUGUCCCGAUACCCGCCGUUCAACAUCAGGUUAUUGUAUUUUUCUGGGUGAUACUCUGCUGUCAUGGUCUUCCAAACGCCAACCUACCAUCUCUCGAUCGAGUGCCGAGGCCGAAUACCGCGGUGUAGCUAAUGCCGUGGCAGAACUUUGUUGGC